ACAUUUUCACUGACUUCAGUUCGGAUGAUUUGGUGUGGCGGUGUUCUGCUGCUUCCCAUCUUGGCGCUGGCCAACUUCACUCAGGGUCCUUCACUGCUACUGGACUCGGAAUGGGAGAGCUGGAAGACCGUCUAUGAGAAACAGUACAACAGCCGGGAGGAGGAAGGAAGUCGGAGGUCCAUCUGGGAGAAGAAUAUGCGACUGAUUGAUGCCCAUAACCAAGAAUACAAGCAGGGGAUCCAUUCCUAUGAGCUGGGGAUGAACAGCCUGGGAGACAUGACGAGUGAGGAAGUGGCCAUGAAGAUGACUGGGCUGAGAGUGCCACGGUUCAGAAAGUCCAACAACACCGUCCUCCUUGGUGGUGACCUGGAGAAGCUGCCCUGUUCCAUUGACUAUCGCAAGAAGGGCUAUGUCACCCCAGUCAGGCACCAGGGUUCCUGUGGCUCCUGCUGGGCCUUCAGUGCCGCUGGUGCCCUAGAGGGCCUGAUGAAGAAGAUGACGGGAAAGCUGGUGCCACUCAGCCCUCAGAACCUGGUGGACUGCGUUAGCCAAAGUGGCUGCAAAGGAGGCUUCAUGACAGAUGCCUUUGAAUACAUCAGCACCAAUAAAGGCAUUGACUCUGAGAAGGUGUACCCUUAUGUUGGAAAGGUAGGCCUUUCAAUUAAUACUCAUAUCAACAUUCCUCUGAGAUUUUUUCACAAAAAUACAUCUUAUCCAUUGUAUGUAGCUCACUCUUGUAAUUCCA